AUGUCAGGAAUGGAAAAGGUCGGCUCCUCAGACCUCUCGUCUUCUUCCACAGAAGCGUCGGCCAUCUCACCUCUCAGUAUGAUCAGCGUUCCUUCUUCUCCAGAUAAAGACAAGAAAAAGGUACCAUUUGUACGCUAUAAUCCUGACAUACCUCAAAUCGUCACUUCAUUCAAGGGUUACCAGAAACUCAUGUUCCAGGGGUAUAGGUAUAAUAUUUAUCAGGUGAUGCCCGAACGAAAUUUCAAAUCAUGGCGUUGUGUUUGCGCUAAGAAAAUCCCGGACAAUGGUUCAUGGUGCAAGUGCCGUGCAGAAACUACAAUGGACGACCAAAAAGCCGUCACGAAGGGUGAACACAAUCAUCCACCAAAACAUCUUCUUGCUGAACUAGAAUUCAUCAAGGUAAUCUGCCCAUGA